GCGUGACGAAUUGGUGCUGGCCAGGUGAGUCCGGAAGCGAAGAACUAGAGCCAGAACUGAGAGACGAGAUGGAAGACGGUGAGACUGUGGAGAAGUUACUGAGGGCGUCGGCCGGGCUGCUGCGGGAGCUCGGCUACACGGGACCUUUAUCUGAUGCGGAUGCCCUGCUGCGUUCCUGUGAGUCGGGGGCCGAGUGCCAGCUGUUCACAUCUCUGUGUGUGUGGCUGGUGUCAGAGCUGAAAUCUGUCACCCCUCUGGUGGAAAAUGUCAGCCCAACCGAAGGCCCUGCCGACUCCGAGACCUUCCAGCUGGAGAUGAGCGGCGUGAUGAGCGAGCUUCACUGUCCCUACACGGCGUUGACCUCUGGAAACGUCACAACCAGACUGCUAAAUGCCGCAACUUGCCUGCAGCUCAUUGUAUUCCUGAGCACAGAUCUGGAGGCGGCUCGACUCCUUAGGAAAGCCAGCGUUCCCACUUCGGAGCCUGUAAGACACGAUGAAGACCUUCUGGAGGAGUUACAGCUCAUAGGAAAAGCAUUGGAUUUUCCUGAGAUUUCCCCGAACGUCCCAGUGAACGAGCUCAUGAGGGAGCUGCAGAAUAAGGUCACAGAACGUUCUGGGACGGUCCACGUGUCUCCCCCUCUAUUUAAAUCCCAGCUGCAGCCUGAACAAUGGGAAACACUGCAGGAGUUGCAUUACUCCAUGCUCAAGGAGUACGAAUGUAGAAUGAGGAUGUUGGUGACUCGAUUUGAGGUUACGGUGCAGUCGUUCCACUGGUCGGAGAGGGCUCAGACCCAGGUAAAGGAAAAAUCCAUGAACGACAUCUACUGGCCUUUAAGAAAAUUGCUCACUGCUGAGUCCAGGAUCACAAUCCCCCGUUUACUGGCUGUCCGAGAAGACUACUCCCGAAUCCUACACACCUGUAAUGCCACCUUCUGCGAGAAAACCCGCACUGCUAUCCAGAAGGUGCUCAUGACUGGUACUGUGCCUGACCGAGGAGGACGACCUAAUGAAAUAGAGCCGCCAAUGCCUAUGUGGGAGAAGAGGAGGGAAGGGGGAGGUGGAGGUGGACACCAACGAUGGGGCAAAAAGAAUAAGAGAAAAAGGAAUUGAGCCCAAGUGAAAUGUGUUUUCCAUACAGUCUAUAGUGUGCGGCCUCUUUUCUGCCAAAGUAAUUCUGUGUGCAAUCUCAGGAGACUACAGCACGUCCCUCACUGCCAUUGAUUUACAUUGGUUUACCAGGGUGGUGCUCUGACCUUAUUAUAGAAUAACUGUAGAUGAUGGACAUUAGAAAGCCAUUGGCCAAAUAUCCAAACCAUCCGCACUCUAAUAACCUAUAUGUUUGUCUGUCAAGGAGUGAUAGCCAGCUAGCGGACGACUCCUAUGUUGCUUGUCCCCAGGAAGAACAGAAGAUAAUCUGUAAACAUGGCCGUUCCUCCUUUUGUUUGGUGUGGGGUGUCUGCUGCCCCCGUUACACAUUAUGUUGUAAACUUUAUUUUUUUUUAUCCGCAACACACGAUGUCUGUGUUUCUGCAUCCUAAUCCGUGCUCAGUUGUGCUUUGAAAGCAGAUACUUUUGUUGGAUGUGGGGAAAUUAUCUGGAAGAUGCUUUCUUAGGAAGGCUCAAUGAUGAUGAUUGCCCCGUUUUAAAGUUGCUGCCAAUCAACGGUAAAACUCUUGUUUAUCAGUUGAAAGCCUGCGGCAGCUCCUGCCCUGACCUCCCAGCACUGCUGGGGUCGCAUAGCAUUAUAUUGAUUUAUAAUGCUAUGUGACCCUUACAGUUCUGGAAUGUAUUGGAUAACACUGACAGCAUUAUGUCAGUGUUAUCCAAUACGUUCCAGACCUCUAAGGGUUACAUAGCAUCAUAAAUCAAUAUAAGGCUGUGCGGUGUAGGGAGGUCGGGACAUAAUAUCAGCACAAAUUCCUGUACAGAUUUACUGUACUUGCGUUUCUGCAGAAUAUCCACACCAAAAUCUGUAAUUUCUUAGUGGGUUUUUUUUUUGGUGCAGAUUAGAUGCAGUUAUAAACAGGGUGAAAUCCACAGCUAAAACCGCAAACAUAUUUGACAUGCUGAUGAUCUGGAAAUCCGCGCGGCAGGUCAAAAAUCUGCAAAGUGUACAUCAGAUUUGUGUAAUGUCAUACACUGCUGGUACUGUACUAUGCUGUGGUUUUCCCCAAGGGGAAUCUGCACUGAAAAAAGUGUGAAUGUAUAUAAUUAAUAAAUAAAAUAAAAAUAUAUAUUUGACACUAAUUUAAGUUUUUUUUUUUCUUCUGCUGUUUUGCAUAAUUAAAAAAAAAUCUGUGGUUUAUUAUUUGUGCAAAUGUAGCAAAAAAAAAUUCUUUUUUUCUUCUUUGUAAUCCUUAUAAUUUGUGCACUUACAGCAGGAGCACUUGAAAAGUAUAAUGGUGAAUUAUACCGUGAGAUAAAAUGUAAUGAUUAAUGUACAGCUUUAAUUGCAUACAUGUGUAAUGUGCAUGUUUUUAUUUAUAAAGAUUUAAUUUCAGAAAACAAUAGGGCGUUAAUCCUUAUCAUGCAUUAAGAGGACUUGUCUGCUCUCUGUUAAUGUCUGUAGUGGUGUGUUUUUUUUGUUUUGUUUUUUAAAUUAAAUGUAUUCUCCAUAAAAAAUUCAAUAGUUCUGGUGCAUGUUUUUGUAAACAUGUGUAUAUGUAUAUAUUCUCACCGAUAACUUGGCUUUACCAUUCCCCCUGUCAGUAGUCUUUAUCUAGAAGAUGUUUUGAAAUAAAAAAAAAAAAGUGAAAUGGAGGUUCCAUUACACUUUUCUGGCAUGUGACUAUGUGGCCCCUUUCACACGAGCAAGUUUUCCCACACGUGUGCAAUGCGCGACAUGAACACACAGCACUCGCACUAAAUCCUGACCCAUUCAUUUCAGUGGGUCUGUGUACAUGAGCGUUGUUUUUUUACUCCUCACUUCUGCGUUGCAUUAACAACGCAGCAUCUUCUAUAUUCUGUAUUUUUUUCACCCAGCCCUGGCCCCAUAGAAGUGAAUAGGGCUUCAGUGAAAAACGCAUCGCAUCUGGAAGCAAGUGCAGGUGUGAUGUGUUUUUUACUGAUGGUUGCUAGGAGAUAUUGUUUGUAAACUUUCUUUUUUUUUUUCUUUUUUUUAAUCACGCACGUGAAUAAUGCAUCAAAGCACAUUAUACCCGCGCGGUAAAAACUGAACGCAAUUGCAGACAAAACUGACUGAACUUGCUUGCAAAAUGUUAUGAGUUUCUCUGAACGCAUCCAGAGGCAAUCCGUCACGCUCGUGUGCAAGGGGCCUAAGAAUAAUUGUAUAUAUUGUGUAUAUACAUACAGUAUGUAAAAGGAGAUCUCUCUGUUUAAUGCAUUUACUUUGCCAAAUAGACAAGUAAACAAAAUUUCCUUUUG